ACUUCCCCUCAUUGUCUUAAGAAUUCCUCAUUUUGUAUUCUCCAUUUUCCCAAACAGCCUUUAGAGCCAAAUUUCCCAUCAACUCUCAGUUUCUGUUGAAUAGAAAAUGGCUGACGGUGAGGAUAUUCAGCCCCUUGUUUGUGACAAUGGAACUGGAAUGGUGAAGGCUGGAUUUGCUGGUGAUGAUGCUCCUAGAGCAGUGUUCCCUAGUAUUGUUGGUCGUCCCCGUCACACCGGUGUUAUGGUUGGAAUGGGACAGAAAGAUGCAUAUGUUGGUGAUGAAGCUCAAUCCAAGAGGGGUAUCUUGACCUUGAAAUACCCAAUUGAGCAUGGUAUUGUCAGCAACUGGGAUGAUAUGGAGAAGAUAUGGCAUCAUACUUUCUACAAUGAGCUUCGUGUUGCUCCUGAGGAACACCCUGUCCUGCUCACUGAAGCACCUCUCAACCCUAAGGCCAACAGAGAGAAAAUGACCCAGAUUAUGUUUGAGACCUUCAAUGUUCCCGCUAUGUAUGUUGCUAUUCAGGCAGUGCUUUCCUUGUAUGCUAGUGGUCGUACAACUGGUAUUGUGUUGGACUCUGGUGAUGGUGUGAGUCACACUGUCCCCAUCUACGAGGGUUACGCUUUGCCACAUGCCAUUCUUCGUUUGGAUCUCGCUGGACGUGACCUAACGGAUAACUUGAUGAAGAUCCUCACUGAGAGAGGUUACAUGUUCACAACCACUGCUGAACGGGAAAUUGUCCGUGACAUGAAGGAAAAGCUUGCCUAUGUGGCUCUUGACUAUGAACAGGAGCUUGAAACUGCUAGGAGCAGCUCCUCCAUCGAAAAGAACUAUGAAUUGCCAGAUGGACAAGUUAUUACCAUCGGUGGUGAGAGGUUCCGUUGCCCAGAGGUCCUCUUCCAGCCAUCCAUGAUCGGUAUGGAAGCUGCAGGUAUCCAUGAAACUACCUACAAUUCCAUUAUGAAGUGUGAUGUUGAUAUCAGGAAGGACCUCUACGGUAACAUUGUGCUCAGUGGUGGCUCAACUAUGUUCCCUGGUAUUGCUGAUCGUAUGAGCAAAGAAAUCACCGCUUUGGCUCCCAGCAGCAUGAAGAUUAAGGUUGUUGCUCCACCUGAGAGAAAGUACAGUGUCUGGAUUGGAGGAUCCAUCCUUGCAUCCCUUAGCACAUUCCAGCAGAUGUGGAUUUCAAAGGGUGAGUAUGAUGAGUCUGGUCCAUCCAUUGUCCACAGGAAGUGCUUCUAAGGUGCUGCUGCUAUUUUUACUGUCUGUCGCGAGUUUCCUUUUUUUGUCCUUCCUGCUAAAGCUAUUACGUCAUCUACAGUGAACUCAGGUUUGCUGUUGUAGGCAAGUCUUUGAGAUGGGGCUAUGAAAGAAGGGAGAUUAAGAACAUUGUACUGCUGAUACUAUAUCAUGUUUCCAAUGCAAUGUGGUUUAUAUUCUGAACACAUUUGAUAGAGUGCAAGCCUCUUUUGUCUGGAAAUAUCCCUUCUUGAACUCUUAGGUUGUUUGUAGUUGGGGAGAGUGAUUGUGUUGUUGUUGUUUAUUAUUUUGGGGUCUUUUCUUUCAUUUUCUUGUUUUGCUAUUCUAUGGUACUUUUUUUUCUCUUGGGAACAAAUAUGUCAAUAUUUACUGAAUGAGAAUUUUUGUAGUAGUAUUUUCAGACUUGGGAAAUCACUUGUACUUUUUUGUGGAUGUGGGGAUCGAAUUUUAGUGGUGAUACGUUAUUUUCA